AUGGGCAGUGAGGGCUCAGAGUCCAGAAUUGAAAACUUCCACCACUGGGACAAGAAGGUCCACAGGUGGGUGGAGGCUGGGUGGGUGGGGUUCUUAAUUUCUGCCUCUACUGGGAAGUCCUUGAGUUUGGAGGAUUUCCCAAGCGUGAAGGAGAGGAUGCAGGACAUGGUGCGAGUCCUCCAGAAUCCGACUGAGGAGCGAAAAGAGGUGCUAAGCUGCUUCACCAAGUGCCUCAGCAAGGAUGAAGAGCUGCAGGAUCUAGAGCGAAGAGUAAGAGGCCCAAGGAAGAACUGGGGCAGAGAGAGGGAGGAGCCAGUGGGGAGACAACCUGCUAUAAUGGGACUGGGCUUAUCUCCCCCAUCUCCUGGUCCUAGGUGUCUGAGGUCCGGCGCUCCGGGGAGCUACAGAUGGAAGGCCCAGCAGGUUCUGUCAUGCAGCCUUUUUAAUGCUGCUGGGAUCUUUUUUUUUUUUUUGAUAAUAUUCCAUUGUAUAUACGCUGCUGGGAUCUUGAUAGAGGAGCACACAGAAGCCAUUUCGGAUUUCUUGGAUGACUUGAUUGAGCUGUCUGAGGAGGGGCAGCUUGUUGCUGAGGCCCUAGUUAAGGGGACCCUGCCCCUUUUUUUUUUUUUUCCGGAUCCAGAAGUCCCAGUGACCAGUCCCUUCCUACUUCAUAGUCCUCUGCCAGCUGUCUAUGCAGCUGUUGAGAGUUUGAGGGUCUCCAGGGAAGAGCGCCGUGGUGGAUUGCUACGUCUGCCAUGGGCUCAGGAUGAAGGAGUGCGACCAAAUAUUUGCCAUUUCUGGCAUAUUUCCUUGUUUCUAGAUUUUACAGUCUGGUGGGUUUCCUUCCAGGUGGAGCCUAUCCUGGAGCAGAACCAGGGUGAGCAGCCCCGUGACGUGGGCUGUGACCCUGAGGCACGGACUCUCUGUGCCCUCUACAUUGUUGUCUCCAUCCUGCUGUAGCUGGGUGAGAAUUCUACCUCUGUGUCUUCCUAA